AUGCUCGAAUUUGGCUGCCUAGAACGCCCCUUGGCGAGAUUCUUCUAUUCGUAUGGUGCCUUUGUCGCUCGUCAUCCAUUCCCAUUUAUAACGUUUCCUAUACUCGCCACGUUAUAUCUAUCAACAGGAUUUUUCUACCUUUCUCCGCAAACUGAUGCGAUUUAUUUGUAUACCCCUACCGAUGCUCCUUCAAAAAUUGAAAGACAGAUUAUCCACGAUUUGUGGCCAUUGGGUGAGGAUAACUAUGUUCCUGGCAGAUCGGUGGCCCAAAGUCGAGAAGCACAGAUCACCGCCGUCGCUAAAUAUGGAGGCAAUAUUCUUUCGCCUGAAUAUGCUUUGGCGAUAAAGCGACUCGACAUGUACAUUCAAAAUCGAAUCAAGGUUCGAGCCAAUAACCGCACUUAUACCUAUCGCGACCUUUGCUUGCGGUGGAAAAAGCGCGGAUGUCCUGGGAAUGACCACAUUCAGUUUAUUUCUGAAUUAUAUAAUCAUGGAAUCAACAUCACAUAUCCUACAUUCAGAUUGGGAAGCAGAAGCGGCUACCUGGGAGCAGGUCUUGGAGGAGUUUCACUUUCCAAACAAGACAGCGGAGAUGUUAUUCUUGCCUCUGCAAAAGCUUGGUUAUUAGUUUAUCAGCUAAAAUUCUUUCCCACGAAUAUGUCGUAUAUCUCAGGUCUUUGGGAGAAGGCAUUCAAACGACACAUGGAUAAUUAUCCAGAAGAUCCCUAUAUCUCCAUCACAUAUUUUCAUUCCCAGACUUUAGCUGAAGAGUUGAAACGUAAUGCAGAUAGUCUCGCUCCAAGAUUUGUCCUCGCGUUUGUGAUAUUGGUAGUUUUCGCCGUAAUGUGCUCUAUGGUCACAAUCAAAGGAACUCUGUAUUUUGACUGGGUGCUGUCAAAACCAAUCCUGUCCAUAUUUGGAGUGGUAAACGCUGGAAUGGGCAUAGCAAGCGCUAUGGGUGGCUUGGUACUGCUUGGUGUACAAUACAAUGAUAUCAUCGCAGUGAUGCCGUUCCUGGUUGUUGCUGUCGGUACCGACAACAUGUUCUUGAUGGUCGCGGCGGUGAAGCGAACUUCCCGUGCUCUGAAUGUGGAAGAACGUCUCGGCGAAUGCAUGGCUGAUGCAGCGGUGUCAAUUUUGAUCACUGCUCUCACAGAUGCUUUCUCAUUCGGAGUUGGUACCAUAACGACUAUUCCGGCUGUGCAAAUCUUUUGCAUAUACACUUGUUGUGCUCUAGUGUUGACAUUCACCUACCAGGUAACAUUCUUCUGUGCCUUACUUGCUUUGGCAACUCAGUGGGAAGCAGAAGGAAGACACUGUCUUUGGCUAAAGUCUACAGUCUCUCCCAAGAUGGCGUCCUCUUCUUCAACUCGACUUCUUUGGUUGGGUUCACGCCCACAUCCUGAUCCUAGCCAUGCUUCGAACCGAAAAGUUUGCGCUGCCACCGAAUUUUUCCAGAACUGGUAUGCUCCUAUUCUCAUGCAACCAGCCAUCAAAGCUUUGGCUGCACUGUGGUACUGUAUCUACAUAGGCUUCGCAGCGUACGGAUGCAUGCAUCUCAAAGAAGGAUUGGAGCCAGUUAAUCUCCUAAUAGUCAUCAGCAAUGCGCCAGAUCUUCGUGAUAGUCAAGAACUUGCAAAAAUUCACGAAAUGGUUCACAAUUUUGCAACUGCGCCACAUGCAAUUGGUGACGACAGUGUACAAUUUUGGAUGAAGGAGAUGGAUCGCUAUUACAGAACUGAACACAAUACUACGAUAGAAGAGAAGAGCUUUUAUGAAAUGGCCGCAAGUUACCUUUUCACGCAUGACAGCGAACCAUGGAUGGAAGAUGUCAAAUGGGCCCUGAAUCGAAAUGGUCAGCCAUAUAUACGAGCGUUCAGGUUUUUGGUUGGAAUGCGUGAUAUAUCAAGCACUACAGAGCAACAAGCCGCAACGAAGAGUUUCCGUGAGGUCGCAGCACGCUAUCCUGAGUACAACGUCACAACAUUUAUGCCUCUGUGGCUUUUUACAGAUCAAUACGAUUUAGUAGUACCAAACACGGUCCAAGAUAUCAUCAUAGCCGUAUCGUGCAUGCUGUUCAUAGCUUUUCUGCUUAUUCCGCAACCCUUCUGUGCCCUUUGGGUGGCUUUCACCAUAGGAUCAAUCGAUCUCGGUGUUUUGGGUUACAUGACACUCUGGGGCGUCAACCUGGACGCCAUCUCGAUGAUCACGAUCAUCAUGUCGGUUGGAUUCUCCGUAGAUUAUUCAGCUCACAUUGCUUAUGGAUAUGUGGUCUCAAAAGGAAGCAAUCCUCGUGAGCGGGUCCGCGAUGCGCUAGGCGACCUUGGAUGGCCUGUUGUUCAGGGUGCUGCUUCUACAAUAUUGGCUGUAGCUGUUUUGGCCGAUGUACCUGCCUAUAUGAUUGUCACAUUUUUCAAAACUGUAUUUUUGGCAAUAUCCAUAGGUCUUAUUCAUGGCCUAAUUUUCUUGCCACUCAUGCUCUCACUCUUUGUCCGAGGUUUCUGUACAGUAGGCUCAAGAAAAGCGGAAGAACCCGCGACGGAACCUAUCACUUUUGCACUCGACUUUUCAACUGGUCCAAAGCGAUAUCCGCCUCCAGAAGCACCUCCACCACUGCCUCCAGUGCACUGUUCUGCCACACAACCUUCACAGCCUUAUGAUUUACAAGAACAUGAGCUGGGAAUCUUUCUGGAAUCAAAAUUUGCGGACGGCUUUACGCUAGCGACUCCCACAAUUCUCAACGCCCCUCCUCUCAUGCCCAUGAUGCCCAGCAGACCGAACCAAAGGAACCAUGUACUGCCACAGAGUACUAGAUACUGA